AUGAGUAGCUCAGAAUCAGAAUUGUCCGACGGUGAUGGGUCUUAUCUCACUGGGAAACAAAGAUCAGCAUACACCAAAGUACGACAGGCUGCGUUGGGUUGCCUUUAUGCCAUUAUUAAGUUUACAGAUCGCAAAGUAAUUUUUGGUUACUGGAUGUCAUUUGUCCCUGAUUUACCCGUGGCUGCUAAUACCCAACAAGUUCGUUCCUUGCUGACCAUUAUUAUUCGGGACCCCUCACCAAAGCUCUUCUUUUUUUUUUUUUUUUUUUUUCUUCUUUUAUCUUUUUCUUUUUUUUUCUUUUUCUUUUUUUUUAUCUUUUUUUUUUUUUUUUUUUCUUUUUUUUUUUUUUUAUCUUUUUUUUUUUUUUUAUCUUUUCUUUUUUUUUUAUCUUUUUCCUUUUUUUUAUCUUUUUCUUUUUUUUUAUCUUUUUCUUUUUUUUUAUCUUUUUCUUUUUUUUUUUUUUUUUUUUUUUUUUCUUUUUCUUUUUUUUUAUCUUUUUCUUUUUUUUUUAUCUUUUUUUUUUUUUUUCUUUUUCCUUUCUUUUUUUUCUUUUUUUUUUUUCUUUUUUUUUUUCUUUUUUUUUUUUUCUUUUUCUUUUUUUCCCUUUUUCUUUUUUUUUUUUUUCUUCUUUUUCUUUUUUUUUUAUUUUUUCUUUUUUCCCCUUUCUUUUUUUUUUUCCCCUUUCUUUUUUUUUCCCCCUUUCUUCUUUCUUUUUUUUUUCCCUUUCUUUUUCCCUUUCUUCUUUCUUUUUCCCUUUCUUCUUUCUUUUUCCCUUUCUUCUUUCUUUUUCCCUUUCUUCUUUCUUUUUCCCUUUCUUCUUUCUUUUUCCCCUUUCUUCUUUCUUUUUCCCCCUUUCUUCUUUCUUUUUCCCCCUUUCUUCUUUCUUUUUCCCCCUUUCUUCUUUCUUUUUCCCCCUUUCUUCUUUCUUUUUCCCCCCUUCUUUUUUUUUGCAGUAAUUUUCUUCUUUCUUUCCCCCCUUUCUUCUUUUUUUUCCCCUUUCUUCUUUCUUUUCCCCCUUUUCUUCUCUUUUUUUUUUUCUUCUUUUUUUUCCCCUUCUUUUUUUUUUUUUUCCCAUCAUCUAAAAAACACCUUCUCUGUCGACUUGGAGCAUUGGGAGCUUUAUCUGCUCUUCUUGAAGGUACACGAUCUUACUUGGCAGCUGCAGAAUACAGUGACCAAGUGCGGACAGCAUUUACUCCAUUUUCGCUGGUGCUUGGCUCCACCCUGAAGGAACUUCAUCGAAGUCUGCUUUUGGCUGUUGUUUCUGAGAACUAUCCUCUCACAUUGACGCAAUUAGUUAAGUGUCUUUCCACUCUGGUGGCCAACAGCCCUUACCAUCGUUUAAAACCAGGAAUGCUCACGAGAGUUGUAAAACAGUUAAGGCAUCUUGUCACUCAUCGUGAUCCUAACAUUCGAGUGGCCUGCCUGACAUGCUUUGGUACGAUUGUUAGUUUGCAGCCCGCCCUGGCUGAAGUUUGUCACAUCAUUCAAUCAUCCAAACUACCUUCAAGUUCCAAUUAUUCUCUCUCGGAAAGUUUUGGUGACCUGAGCCUUGUUGAUGGAUUCCAAAGAACUGGUAGAGAUAACCGGCUGGGUUUGAAUGAAACCGACAACUUUACCCAAAGAAAUGUCGGCCUCCUCCAGAGCCUGAUUCAAACUUGCAUGGAGGAUCGAGAAACUGUGUUGAAGCUUCAUGCUAUCAAGCUUUUGGAUGAAUUAACUCAAGUUAUUGGACAGGAUUUGCAAAAUGCUUCCAAUCUCUCAGAACCAAACCCAGACGUCCUGACUUCAUCUCAGUGCUCUGAAAUCUUUUCAAAAUAUUUUUUGAUUAGGUUGGUUGAACUGUUUAAUUCACUGGCCUCUUUUUUCUUUUCCUUUUCCGUUUCCGUUUUUCAUUUUCUCUCUACUCUCUUCUUUUCUCUCUACUCUCUUCUUUUUCUCUCUCUCUUCUUUUCUUCUCUUCUCUUCUUUUCUUCUCUCUCUUUCUCUCUUCUUUUCUCUCUACUCUCUUCUUUUCUCUCUACUCUCUUCUUUUCUCUCUACUCUCUUCUUUUCUCUCUACUCUCUUCUUUUCUCUCUACUCUCUUCUUUUCUCUCUACUCUCUUCUUUUCUCUCUACUCUCUUCUUUUCUCUCUACUCUCUUCUUUUCUCUCUACUCUCUUCUUUUCUCUCUACUCUCUUCUUUUCUCUCUACUCUCUUCUUUUCUCUCUACUCUCUUCUUUUCUCUCUACUCUCUUCUUUUCUCUCUACUCUCUUCUUUUCUCUCUACUCUCUUCUUUUCUCUCUACUCUCUUCUUUUCUCUCUACUCUCUUCUUUUCUCUCUACUCUCUUCUUUUCUCUCUCUCUCUCUCUUCUUUUUCUUUCUCUUUCUCUUCUUUUCUCUCUCUCUUCUUUCUUUUCUCUCUCUCUUCUUUUCUUCUCUCUCUCUCUUUUCUCUCUCUCUCUUCUCUUCUUUCUCUCUUCUUUUCUCUCUCUCUCUUCUUUUUCUCUCUCUCUCUUCUUUUCUCUCUCUCUCUUCUUUUCUCUUUCUCUUCUUUUCUCUCUUCUCUUUUCUUUUCUCUCUCUCUUUUUUCUCUCUCUCUCUUCUUUUCUCUCUACUCUUUUUUUUCUCUUUUCUCUCUCUCUUCUUCUCUCUCUCUCUUUUUUCUCUCUUUUUUAUCUCUUCUUUCUCUCACUUCUUCUUUUUCUCUUCUCUCUUCUUUUUCUCUCUCUUCUUCUCUCUCUCUCUUUUCUCUUCUUUCUUUUCUCUCUCUCUUCUUUUCUCUCUACUCUCUUCUUUUCUCUCUACUCUCUUCUUUUCUCUCUACUCUUUCUCCUCUCCUUCCCCUUUCUUUCUCCUCCCUUAUAGACUUCAUAAAUCUCUAUGCCGUAUCUGGGGGAUUUUUCAUUCUGGUUCUUCACCAGACUAACAAGUUUUUCUUUGCCAGCCUAGACCACAUAUGUCAUCUACAAAGGAAUCCGGUAGGUCAAGGAUGGCCAACCUGUUUUCCUCCCCAUAAAUGGCAUUGCAUCCUUUUUGAUGAAAAGGUCGCGACUGUCCGAUUCAACGUUCAUCAUGAUUCUCACAUUUUUCUGUUUUUUUUCUGGGGUUUUUUUUUUGGGUUUUUUUUUUUCUGGGGUUUUUUUUUUUUUUUCUGGGGUUUUUUUUUUUUUUUUGGGGUUUUUUUUUUUUUUUUCUGGGGUUUUUUUUUUUUCUGGGAUUUUUUUUUCUGGUUUUUUUUUUCUUUUCUGUUUUUUUUUUCUUUUCUUUUUUUUCUUUUUUGUUUUUUUUUUUUCUUUUUUUUCUUUUCUGUUUUUUUUUUUUUUUCUUUUCUGUUUUUUUUUUUUUUUUUUAUUUUUUUCUGUUUUUUUUUUUCUUCUUUUCUUUUCUGUUUUUUGUUUUUUUGA